AUGAGCAAACCACCAUCAUCAACCAGCGACGUCCUCUUGUAUUUCCUCGCGCUCUUCCUGCCACCACUAGCGGUAUUCCUCAAAACAGGGUGCGACUCGAAUUUCUUCAUCAACAUUCUGCUGUCGAUCCUGGGCUGGCUGCCGGGCGUCAUCCAUGCCUGGUGGGUGAUCUCCAAGUUUGAGCGUCCCGCUCCCGUCGUCGUGCAGAGGGUAUAA